GAGGGGCGCAGCUGGCGCGCUGACUUCAGGCCGCUCCGCGCCUUCAUGGACCCAGCCGAGGUGGAGUUUCUGGCCGAGAAGGAAAUGGUGACCAUUAUCCCUAACUUCAGUCUGGAUAAGAUCUACCUCAUCGGGGGGGACCUGGGGCCGUUUAACCCCGGUUUACCAGUGGAAGUACCUCUGUGGUUGGCAGUGAACCUGAAACAAAGACAGAAGUGUCGCCUGGUCCCUCCGGAGUGGAUGGAUGUCGAAAAGUUGGAGGAGAUGAGGGAUCACGAACGGAAGGAGGAAACAUUUACCCCAAUGCCUAGCCCUUACUACAUGGAGCUCACCAAACUUCUGUUAAAUCAUGCUUCAGACAACAUCCCUAAAGCAGACGAGAUCCGCACCCUUAUCAAGGACAUGUGGGACACUCGCACAGCCAAGCUCCGGGUCUCUGCUGACAGCUUCGUGAGGCAGCAAGAAGCACAUGCCAAGCUGGACAAUCUGACCUUGAUGGAGAUCACCACCAGUGGGGCCUUCCUCACCCAGGCGCUCGACCGCAUGUACAAGCUCCAUACUGGCCUCCAGCCCCUGGACAGCACCCAGUCCCAGGACUUCUAG